AUGGAAGGGCAAAUUGAUGAAUUUUAUGAGAGCUUUGUAUCUUUAGUCUUUGAGGUAGUCUUCGAAGCACAGGGGCUCGCACGGCGCAGCCGAGCGCUGCCGCCCAGCCUAGAAGGGCUGCGAAGCCACCAGCAUAAAAUCCGAGGCAAAGUUGAGCCCAAGCGGCUGCUAUUCAACGAACCGAACGUCAGCUUUGGAGAACGGACCCCCGAACAGCUAUGGGAGCAUUACAAGACAACAAAGAGUGCAAAAGGAUGCAGACUGCGCCUUGCGACGUGCGGGAGCGAGUCGCCCCGGCCGCCACACGGUGCCCGCCGCGCCGGGGCGGGGUGGCUGCGGCCGGGGCGAGGACGGGGUGCCGCUGGGGAAGGGGGGCCCGCGCCUCCCCGCCGCUUUCCCACCCGCCUCAGCCCUCCGUCCUCCCGCGGAGCUCGGAGAAGCCGAGCCUCCCUCCCAAAGGCACCUGAGGGAAGAAGAGAUGGGUCUGCCCUCACAGCACCCCCUCCCCUGAAGUGCUCCCGAGCCCUUCCCGGGAGGGAAGGCACUCGCACGCCCGCGGGGCACGGACGCGGUGGCGGGCGCCGCUCCUUACCUGGUGCUGCCGCGGCCGCCGCUGCUGCCCCCGCUCCGGCUGCUCCGGCCGCGGGACCCCCAUGCCCCCCCGCGCACACGGGCUCCGCUCCGCUCCCCUCCCGCGGGACCCGCCACCCGCGGGGCGCCGGAGCCCUGCACACCACCGGGGGCCGUCCGCUGGGGUGCUGCGGGGUGCUCCGGGCUGGCGUGAGCGCCGCUGCUCCUCCUCUCGUUCCCCCGCCACCCCUUCCCGGCGCUCCCCCGCGCUCCUCCCGGCGCUGGGUCUGGAGUGCGGCUCCGCCGCCGGACGGGAGGGCGGAGCGGCGGCGGGAGGGCGGGGGCAGCAGCGACACUCACACCCGCGCUGCCGGCCCCGCACGCCCGCAGCCCCGCCCCGCCCGUCCGCCCCCCCUCCCGCGGCUCCGCCGGCGCGCCCCGGGGCACCGCCGGCUCCGCAUUGGGCACUCGCGCUGUCGCGCAUCCCAAACCCGCGCCCCGCUUGACACCGCCUCCCCCGCCUCCUCUCGUCCGCCGCGGCGGGGCGCGGGAGGGAUCCCCGGGGCUCCCUGGGGACAGGCGGCCAGCUCGGCAUCGGAAGCGAGCAACAGGCUCUGCAUUACCUCCGCGAAAGUCCGAGAGCCUCUGGGCCUGCGGCGAGGCUACUGUGUCGGCACCCCUUCAGUGUGCGCUCUUACCCACACCUUGAAACAGGGGAUACCUACAGAGAAGAAACACACAGCAAUUGAGUUCUCGGACCUGUGUGCUCUGUCUCCUGUGUAUACUCUUAAGUUUCCCGUGGGUCAGGAGUAUGGAGCUUUCCCUCUGUCUUGUGCAGCUCUGAACAGGCUAGUUCUGCAAAGAACCAUAUCUGUAAUCACAGGACCCACUUCUACAUAGAGGUUGCAAAAUAGAUGAUGUUAUCAGGACUGAUGUGGCUGCUCCCAUCUGCUACCCCAAAUGACAAGGCCUGCAAUACUAUUGGAAUAGAGUCUACUCCUACAGAGCCCUACAAAACAAUCCAGGAUUCUUUUAUGUUUUUCCAGUCCUCUCUUGCUUUCUUUCCCCUCCACCCAUACCCACAUCUCAGGGUAAGUAACUUUCUGGUUGUACCAGUUCACUCAGCUCUGGCAAGCAGGCUGAAUGUUGACAUUUACAAGUAUUCCGCUGCCUAGUAAACUUCUCAUUGCCUACCUUUUGCUGGAAGCAGAGCAGAAGACUAUGGUGGAAAGAAACUGCCACGUGUAUGCUAAAGAUCUAAAGGCCAAGUUUUGGGUUAUUGCAUCUAACGGUUCCUUUAAUGCACACUUUACAUCAAGAAACACAGUCCACAAUCAUAAAUGCAGGCUUAGGUUCAUGCAGGCUUACUAGAACAAACUUUGAGGUGUCAAGAUUAAAAGCACUGGCAAGCAUUACCUUCAUUAGUUAGGGUUUGGAUGCCUGCUUGAGUGUUAUUGUUUUGGUUAAAAUGUUAUUUUAGAAUGUUAUCAUUUCUACCCAAAAUCACUAGUCCAGUUAGGCAGUAGACUGUCUCUGUACUGACAAGACCACAGAAAUAAUAUUAUUGUUGUCCUAACAAAAAGCCUGAGAAAAAUGCACCGCAAGUGAAAGGAAUGGUGUAUUUUUCACUUUGUCCUGUUAUAGGCAGUGUCCUUCCUGGAGGGUUCAUUCCUUUAAAACGGAAUGAAAUGACAAAAUGACAGAAAAUAUAAGUGGAAACAGAGGGAAUCGGGAGAGGUAUGAGUGUGCACAGAGUAUGGCAGGCAGUGCUUGUCUCUGAUUUCCGUGCUGACCAAGUCCUCAGUGCUAGAGGGCUCUGGCUGCUUGUUCCGAUGAGUCCCUCUAAAUCCGAGGACAGACUCCGCAGCAACUGCUGAAUUUUCUCUCCUUGUUGUCAUUCCUCUCGCACGCCGCAUCUCUUGCGCCGAAGGGGAGCUGGGUGAGCAGCGCACGAAGGGGAGCUGGGUGAGCAGAGCACGAAGGGAAGCUGGGUGAGCAGCGCCGUGGCUCCCCAUCCCCCGUGAGGCCCGUGCUCGGCUCCGGGAGCGCCGCCCGGCGAGAGCCGCCCUCCGCCGCCAGGUGUCCCCGGGCAGCCGCGCGGGGCCGCCCCGGGGCCGCGCUCCCGCUCCGCAUCGCCGAACUCGCCCGUGUAGUGCCUGACCCACCUCGGCUGCGGCUGAUUUUCUCUCGCCUGCACCCUCAGUGCAGCUAAAUGGUUCUUUCGUAAGCUUGGCUACAUUUCACGUGCAAACUUAGGAAGGCGGUAGCGCACUGUACUAAUAGCUGCAAUAUUUUGUAUGCUAAGAACAAUAUUUGCAUAUACUUACUCUGUUUUCUUUUAAAGGCUCGUUUUAUAAAGCGCUUUGGAUGCAAAUCAGCUUCCCCCAAGAAUAUUUCGGUGUUUCACCCACUAUCCUAAAGAACACUAUGCUUAAAAAAACCUGACAUCUUAUCUGUAAGUCAUGACAUUUCCUUAUCCUCUGAAAAAAUGCUACUCAGUCCUUACCGACUGCAGUGGUGAGAUUAACUCCUUCCUGCACAUAGAGUGCAUUCACCCCUCUGCAUACUAUCCUGUCUAAAGGGGCUUCAUCUGGAUGUGAGAAAUGUUUAGGCAUUCUGCUGUGGGGUACCUCCGAGGCUGACGUCCACCAUUAAAGAACAGACAAACUGUGGUAAUGCUUGUGAAUUAAAAAAAAAGGAUUUCUCAGCUGACAGAAUGUACUUCGUGAUGGAACUGUGAUAACUGACUUACUUAACAGGUCUAAACAUUUACAGCCAACACGCUAAAUGGUGUUUAGGUUGCAUUCCCAAAAAUAAUCAUUACCUGUGUCUUGACAAGAUCCAGCACACUGAUACAUAUUAGGGUUUUGCUCUUAGGACAGUCUGGAAUCUUGCUGUGAUCACUUCUUUGCUAUUUUUCCCCCCUUAAUUUAUUUUUUUACUUUUUUUUUCCCCCUCUCUGACUCCUUUUCCUUCUCUCUCACUAUUCUCUCACUCCUCCAGUAUCAUUCCUUUUGGCUUCCAGGCUACCAUCUGUGUACCCUCAGGGAGUCAACAAGAGAAGAACAAGGGCCAGAAACCAGAACACAGGUGAAAAGAGGUAAACAGAAGUUUCUUGCAAUAAUAAAGGACUGUUCAAGCCUCAAAAGCACAAGAGUAAAUGGGGCAAGAAGAAUCUCUUGCCCAAACUAAAAACUGAUAAACCUACAAUUGAAAUGAGUGGGGAAAAAAGAGGACUCUGACUUUCCAUUCAGGUCCUUAUUCUUGCAGGAUGCAUGUAUUUAUUUGAAUUACCUAGUGAAGGACACUCACUUCCUGCAGAUUUGGGAUAAAUCACAGCAAGACAGUUCAGCCUUUGACAAUAUGGAUUCAGAAGGUAUUAUAACAGCUCAGCUACACAAAUAACCUGCAAGCAGAAAUCAGACAGAAGAAAUCCCACAGGCUACAGGUUGGGUGGCUCUGAUUAAGAUGGGUGCCAAUUUUUUCCUGCAGUACAUUUUCUUCACUUCUCCUGUUCAUAUUUAACUUCAAAGUACCCAGCUCAGCCGCAUGUGAAGCUAGUCUUCAGGCACUGUUAAAACACAAGGAAUUGUUCCAACAUCGCCUACUAAGUGUUUGUUUCCAGUGACAUAAAGACAACUCUAACAACAAAAGUGGACUUUUUUGUUCGUUCUUAGGGAAGUGGGUCCAACUGGGAUCCUUGGAAGUGGUGUGGGAGGUGGAAAAGACAUCCGGUAGCCACAUGACGAGGCUCGUUUUGCCAACACAAAGUAAACAGAAAUAGGCAAGCUGAAAAAAGUUUAGGUUUGUUUCCUCAGCCUUGGGCAUAAGCCUAGAAUCCAGAUGAAGUAAGCGCGUGCUGAGCACAAGAUUUCACUGAUGCAUAAAGAUGUCAUCUCACUCACAGAUCUUUUUGCUGAGGUUGCUCAGUAUUUCCUGAUGCAGUUAACUAGGUGAGGUGCUCUGUUCGGGAAUUCUGGCUCAGUCUUUGGAGAAACUUCAACUCCCUCUGGUAGACCAGAGGAAAGCUGUGAGCAGUAGCAGCAGGGCAGCUCUGGCUUCACAGGCUCCCAGUGAAUCACCAUGCCAUCUGCAGGCUGGUCUGAAGGUCAGCACUGCAGGCAAAUCCCCAAACUCCAUGUUUCCAUAGAUCCAGCAGCCCUGGAGCCACACUUGUAUAGCCUGGUGAACACAAGAGCUCCUAUUCCAGUAACCACUAUGAUUUGGCAGU